AUGCAGAACAGGAUUGUUCAUUUCGAUUUAAAAGGUGCUCCCCCUAAACUGUGCUAUUUAGAAAAGAUCUUCAGGAUAAUAAAGAAAUGGGGUGCUACGGGUGUUUUAUUGGAGUGGGAGGACACAUUCCCAUAUACCGGAGAACUGGUAGAUAUCGGCAGUGUUCUUGGCUGUGGAGGCGAUGGCAUGUAUUCUAUGGAUGAAGUGCGACAAAUACUACAGUUAGCUAGGAACUGUGGGCUUGAAGUUAUACAACUAAUUCAAACUAUUGGACACAUGGAGUUUGUCCUCAAGCAUCCUUUGUUCCAAGAUCUGAGGGAGUUAUCAUUUUCUCCGGCUGUGUUGUGUCCGUCACAGAAUCGUUCUCAAUUACUAGUGAGAGAGAUGUUGAGGCAGGUUUUGGAUGUGCAGCCCGAUGCCAGAUAUAUACACAUUGGGGCAGAUGAGGUUUGGCACAGAGGGGAAUGUGAACGUUGUAAAUAUAAAGCGGCAACAAAUGAAUACAAAUUACACUCAAUAUAUUUAGAACACAUACGAGAUUUAGCCUUAUUUAUAAAGCAAUUGAGACCGGAUUUGAUUGUGCUCAUGUGGGAUGAUAUGUUAAGGUCUAUGAGUGUAGAUGUAUUGAAAGACUACAGCCUGGGUGAGUUAGUUCAGCCAGUGGUGUGGAACUACAGUCCAUUGCAUUUGUUCCGUGUGGAAGAACAUUUAUGGACGUGUUACAGACAGGUUUUCCCAAAUGUGUGGGCUGCUUCCGCUUACAAAGGAGCCAGUGGGAGUUGUGAGAUCUGGCCGGCGGUGUCUCGUUAUGCCAGCAACCAACAAGCUUGGCUGAAGGCAGUUAAAGAGAAUUCCUCGGCUGUUAACUUUGUUGGAGUUGUGCUUACUGGUUGGUCGAGGUUCGAUCAUUACGCCACUCUAUGCGAACUGUUGCCGCCAUCUCUGCCAAGUUUGUCUGUCUGUCUUAAGAUGUGGGUGAAUAUGGACGAAUGUUAUGUUUCAGACAACCCGGAGUCUUUACCGUUGGAGGAGUGGCCUGGAGUGGAAUUAGCAGUGUGUAUACGAAACUUCGCUUCGUUGAGGGAACACGCGCAUAACGUUAUGUAUAGAGAACUUGUACCCACGUGGCUGAAUCCCUGGCAGUUGCAACACGCGUACACUAGCCCCAUACAACUACGAGGGAUCGUGGCUACUAUGACGCAAAUAAUAUCGGAUAUAAAGGCGAUACAUAACGAACUUCUAAAUCAAUUUCCUUUAUUCACGGGGGAGAGGAGUUCUAAGGAGUGGCUCGGCUCCCUUGUGACGCCUUUAUUGAAGAAGGUUACUGAGAUACACGACGUAGCUGCUAUAAGGACAGACAUGCAGGCCGGGGUCACACCGGGAAUGACAUCCACACAUUAA